UAGAGGUUCUCUCUCUUAAAGAAGUGAAUGUCUUUGUACCCUGGAAAGAGGCCUUUCUUGAAAUUCAAUAUUGUAAGGAACACAUCUUCAAAAUCGAUUCUUUUAUGUGAAGACAGUAUGGGGAAUUGUGAGACGGGAACGCCAGGAAAGCGACUUAUGAAGCCUUUCAAAUGACUUCUUCGUUACGCUUCCAUGUGAGAGAGCAAGUAUUCAUUUUAUUCAUGUCAGUCCUAAUGUAGCUUUAAUCCGGAUUUUGCGACUGCUUUGUGGCUGCUGGCUUUAAAGUGUCAUCGGUGGUUCCAACAGAGAGGUAUACGUAAAAAGAGACCCAAGAGGUGACACUGAGGUGAGAAAAGAUACUUUUACAGAAAAGAUUAAGUGAACACUAUCAAAUUAAAAAAAAACGGUAGAUGGCUAACUUAACACCAGAUGGGAAUCACACGGCGAAAGUUCAAGCCCUGUUUUGCUCGACUCGUAGUUAUGGCUUCCCGCAAAAGAUUUUUAUUUUGACAUUAAAUAUUUCCAUGUCCAUGUCUACAAUAUUAGGAAACGUACUGAUAAUUGCUGCACUUCGAAGAGUACAUUCUCUUCAUCCGCCAUCGAAAACUCUCCUCCGAUGGCUUCUGGGUGCUGAUCUUGCUACUGGUCUUCUUUCACAGCCUCUCUUUGUUAGCUUUUUAACGUCUCAGGAGCACUCCGAAGCUUGUUAUUAUCUGAAGACUAUUUUUUACACUACAGCUACAUUAUUUUCGUUAGGGCUGGUUUUGACACUGACAGCAAUAGGUGUCGACCGACUCUUUUCUCUUUCACUGGGUCUGAGAUACCGGCAAUUGGUAACAACGAGAAGAGUGCGGUUUACAAUGAGUUUGCUUUGGCUUCUUAGCGCUGUGAUUGCAUCGACUUUCAUUUAUCACCCACUGGCUACAACGAGCAGCGUUUAUAUAAUUGUUUUCCUCUGCGUGAUGGUCUCGACCUUCUGUUAUUUGAAAAUUUACUUGGGAAUUCGUCAGCAUCAAACACAGAUAGGCGUGCAGAGGCAAUUUGGUCAGGGAGAAACCUUAAACAUCGCACGCUACAAAAAGACAGUGACGGGUGUAGUGUGGGUGCAGAUUACACUGGUGAUUUGCUAUGUGCCACAUGCGAUAGCCCAAGCUAUAUUUGCCUACACUGCUGAAGGUACCGCAUCUUUUAACUUCUUUUGGGAUGUGACAAUUUCUAUGGCUUUCUUGACCUUAACUCUGAAUCCUUUCUUGUACUGCUGGAAGGUUCGUGAAGUAACACGUGCCUUGAAGGACAUAAUUAGGCCAUUGCUUUGCUAAGUACGACAAAAAAAGAACCAUUUUAGAAUGAGCGGCUUCCUGUAAGAAAAGUAUACAGCUGGAAAAACAAAGCUUCAGCGCGUGAGGCACGCAGGCACAGUUCCAUACGCAAGAAAUUAUGUUACCCAUCAAGAUCAAGAGAGUUUGGUUGCCAUGCAAUGGCGGUAUUCUUGAAAUAACUUAUAGGAUACUCCGACAAAAACAUGAUGUCUACAAUAAUUGCAGGAUUAAAGAUAUUACCUACUGAGAGCAGUCAUCAAACUCUAAGGAAACUUACCGAGUAAACUUAUUUACAACCAGAUCCGUCAGAUUUAUAAACAUUUGUGCCCGCAAGAAUCAUUGCCACAGGUAUAGCCAUAGCAAUGAUGCAAGAAACAAGUGAAUUAAGCUUUUUGAAGUGAAAAUAAAUCGUUGUCGGCUUGAGACGCAGUCUUUUUAAAUUAAAAUGUUGGUCGUUAAAGACCCAAUGGAGCUUCCGUUGAAAUUUUUUAACUGGUUUGGAUAUUGGGUCUCGAAAGCACUGGCCUCUACAACUGUGUCACAAGGGGGAUGAAUGCCACGUAAGGACCGUAGCUCCCUGUGUUGUGGUUAGGUCCAAAAUUUUUAGGGCACCUACAAAAUUUCUUUUCAAAACGUGUAAACUGCUCAACGCAGUCUGGCCAAAGUCCCCUACUAAGUGUUGUUAAGUGCAUUAAGGCGGAUUGAUAUGGUAUAGUGUGCUAUAUUACUGGAUCAUUAUUACUUUCCUAUUACCCCCUUCCCCUUUCUAAGGUUUUAAUUUGAUUUUGAUAUUAUCAGUUUGAAGUAAAAACUGCACCAGCCCGUUACUUCAUCCAUAAUGGCAUGCGCAGGUUUCUAGUGUUUACGUAAGCAAAAUGUUUUAAAAUGGUCGGAAAAUGUCUUUUAAACCCCAUUUCCUGCUAAACCAUUGUUUU